UUUCACUCCGCGCCCCCAAAUGCUUACCUAUUAAUCUCCACUUCCCCUUCCUCCCGCCCUCCGCCGCUCUCCCCCUCCCAAACCCCUCGCGCACAGAUCCUAGGGUUUCUCGAUCUCCCCCCUCUCUCCUCCGUCGCCGCACCGCCGGGUACGAGAAACCGCCGCCACGAUGUUGGAGCUGCGGCUGGUGCAGGGGAGCCUCCUCAAGAAGGUCCUCGAAGCGAUCCGCGACCUGGUAACCGAAGCCAACUUCGACUGCUCCGGGACGGGGUUCUCGCUUCAGGCCAUGGACUCCAGCCACGUCGCGCUCGUGGCGCUGCUCCUCCGCGCCGAGGGCUUCGAGCACUACCGCUGCGACCGCAACCUCUCCAUGGGCAUGAACCUCAACAACAUGGCCAAGAUGCUCCGCUGCGCCGGCAACGAUGACAUCAUCACAAUCAAGGCCGAUGACGGAUCCGACACCGUCACCUUCAUGUUCGAGUCGCCCAAACAAGAUAAGAUUGCGGAUUUCGAGAUGAAGCUGAUGGACAUCGACAGCGAGCACCUCGGUAUCCCGGAUUCCGAGUACCAGGCCAUCGUCCGCAUGCCGUCUGCUGAGUUCAUGAGGAUCUGCAAGGACCUCAGCAGCAUCGGGGACACUGUUAUCAUCUCGGUGACUAAGGAGGGCGUCAAAUUCUCGACGUCUGGAGAUAUUGGGAGUGCAAACAUUGUCUGCAGGCAGAACCAAACCGUUGACAAGCCAGAAGAAGCUACCAUUAUAGAGAUGCAAGAACCGGUUUCUCUGACCUUUGCUCUGAGGUACAUGAACUCCUUCACCAAGGCAUCUACGCUGGCGGAUCAAGUGACUAUUAGCCUUUCAUCUGAGCUACCAGUGGUGGUUGAGUACAAGAUUGCAGAGAUGGGUUACAUUCGAUUUUAUCUGGCGCCAAAGAUCGAAGAAGAUGAGGACAUGAAGCCCUGAAGACUUGUAAGGGUAUAGGCUCAUGUUACCUACUUUUCCUGGUCUUCCAACCAUCGUUUGCUGAACUAUUCUGUAAGCAAAAAAGAUGUUAUGCUUAUCCCUUAGGCCAGACUCUUUAGCUACUUGUAUCAGUAACUGCUCUCUGAGUCCAUGGAUUUGCAGUGAAUCUAGAUUAGUGGUUUUGUGUUUGUGCAUGUUGCUACUUUUUGCCCUUUCCAAUUCGGUCAUUUUUUUUAAUUUGGAGAACAAAAAUGAGGCUUUGUUUCUGUUGUACUAGACUCGUUUCGAUUCUAGAAACAGCACAUCAAGCAUUAGUGCAUCUA